AGUAGCAAAUUAGCGAUAGUCUGAUAUUGACAUUUUGCAAUAGUAGUACCUAUUUUAUUAAUUUAAGAAUACUGUUUACUAAUAUUCAUAAUGGGUUUAAAAGAAGCUGCUAUAUAUUUAGAUAAUCAGUUCAAUACAUAUUACGCGGGCCAAACUGUUAACGGAAGGAUAGAAUAUGUUUUUGACAGUCCAAAAAAAGUUAGAGGAGUACACGUAAAGUUUAAGGGCGAGGCUCAUACCGAAUGGAGUGAAAGUAAACAAGAAGAGGAUGCAGAAGGCAAGACACAAUCCACUGAUACUCUUCAUACAGGAAAUGAGGAAUACUUUCAAAUAUCAUAUUAUUUAUUGGGUAGCAGUUCAGGUAAUGAGAUAGAGAUCCCUGCGGGCAAGCAGGUGUACAACUUCACAUGCGCUUUACCACCCGUCCUGCCGUCCUCCUUUGAGGGCCAGUAUGGCUUUGUUAGAUACACGGUGAAAGUAACUCUGGACAGGCCAUGGAAAUUCGAUCAGGAAACUAAAAUGGCAUUUACAGUCAUCAAUGCUUUGGAUUUAAAUCUUAAUCCAUCUUACAGAGAGCCCAUUCAUUUUCAAAUGGAAAAAACAUUCUGUUGUUUCUGCUGUGCUUCCCCACCACUCUCAGUAGACGUGAGGGCGCCUGUGUCAGGAUACUGUCCUGGACAAGUGAUUCCAAUUACAAUAGAUAUUGAAAACAAGAGCAAUGUGCAAUUGCAUCUUGUUAAGGUUUUCUUGCGAAAAGUGGUGACAUACAGAGCAACAUCUCCGUCUACAGUGACCAAGAAGGCUAAGGAUGUAAUUUUAACAAUCCAGGAAGGCCCAGCCCCGGCUGGUUCAACUAAACACUGGAAUAUUUCCAUGGAAGUACCUCCGAUACCUCCUUCGAAUUUGGUCAAUUGCAAUAUUAUUGACUUAGAUUACGAUCUAAAGGUGGAGUGUGUCGUACCCACGACACACAUCAAUAUGAAAGACCGCAAGUAUAUAACUAUUGGGACGGUCCCAUUGGUGGGGAUGGCCGGUCAAGCGGUACCACAGCCGUCGGCGCCCACGAUGCCCAGCGACGGCCAACCUUCCCCCACCCAACCCGCCGUGCUGCCCGUGACGCCUGGACAACCCGCACAACCUGGAAAUACGGCGGGUGGCUGGGCGCUCCCCGGGCAGCCCGCGCAGCCCCCGCCCUACCAGUCGCUGUACCCCACGCUCACGGAACCGGUUUACAAAGUGUCUCCAUACCAAGCGCGAACGAUCCAGGACCGCGGCGAGAGCAGCGAGAUGGGCAUAGCGGGCCCCCCUCGGUUCGCGCCCUUCUACCCCACGUAUGCGGCCGUGCAGCCCCCUCCCCUCCCGCAGUAGGCUGAUUAUUGUAAUUAAGUAAUAAAAAACGACUUGUCCUUCACUGAUACGAAAUAAAAUUUGUUAAAGAAUAGAAAUGAGAAAGAUGUUACCUAUCUAUAAUCAUCUACAGAAGUGAUUCAACGAAGUUACCUCAAGAUCCUUUUCUUACUCACAAGUUACUCUACUCGUUCUCAAACGAUGGUUCAUGACGCGUUAUAUUUUGUAUUGUAACUACGACCUCACUUAUAACCGCCGCUCCGCCGCGACGUCGGCCGCCAGCGGGCCUUUAGUUAAACAAUGACUUCUCUCAUCUCUCAUCAAAUAUAUAACCUUCGAGAGAAGAAGACACAGCCUAGCUUAACCUCUAAAACACCACCUUUUUAUUAAACACUAGUUUUCGGCCUUGGCUGCGCUCGCGUAUAAGAGUGGUCGUCAGUGGGGCUAUUACUUUUUUAUUCCUUUCAUCUGUGGGGCUAUAACGGUUAGAGCAUAGCGACUGUUUCUCUUAAAUAUUUGUUACAGAUUGUUAUAUGUUGCAGUCGAUGAAUGAGUAUUAUGGAGUAUUAUGCUACUGCAUAGGUCCAAAAUACUGAUUUAUAAUAUUUUGAUUUAAUUGAUAUGAAUAAAUAUUUGUUAGCAACAAUGUUCAAUUCACUUCAGUGGUUUGGUCGUGUUAGAGUAACAGACAGACACACAGACAGUUACUUUCGCAUUUAUAAUAUUAGUAUAUAUAAAGCCAUUGUAAGCUUCAAUUAAAAUAUUAACGUCGAUGUUAAAGCAAUAGUGGUCCACACUGUUUGUAUGUCUAUAUAUACGGUAUACCUGUUUUAUAUAAAAAAAAAAAUGUGAAUCUUCUGGGUAAAUCUCAUUUUGUAGUAAAUUAAAAACAAAAAAAAAAUUACAUACUUGUAUUUAUAUUUAGGUUUUAAGAUUUGUUUAAAUGUUUUAUUUCAUAAAAUCAUCAUUAAUUUUCCUCCUAACAUACCACUAUGUUUUACUUAAAUUACACAUUUGGUGGUGGUGAUAUCUUUGAUUUGAUGUAUUUAUUACGAUGAAUAUAAAGGACACAAUGUUAAAAAUGCCAGAGCUUAUGUCAAUUGUAAGGCUUUAAAUGUAUAGAACUCCAAACUGCCUGUUUUUUAAAAGUAUAUGUGACAACCGCAUGGUAAUUUAUUCUUAUUAAAAUUACUAUUAAAUGUAUUGUUACUGAAAUUGUUUUAAAUUAAUGAAGUUUAAGUAAACGCACAGUUCGCAAAUAUAUACGUCUAGAUGUUUAUACUUUAUUGGUAUAAAAUAGUAUAGAGAGUAAUUAUGGUAUAUUAAGUAAUUUUGAUGUGCUUUCGUUCUUUAGUAUAUAUUAAUGUUUUAUUAUAGUUAUAUUAAUGUUUUCGUCCAGAUUUUUGAUGUGUUAACGUUACGUUUUAUGAUUUCGGAUAUUUUAUUAACCAAUAUAUACUUUAAGACUUAAUUUUCAAUAUUAAUAUUCACAAUUGUGAGAGUAAAGAGACAUUUAGAUAUGUCUAAAUAAGGUUUGCUCAUUACUUUUGUAAUGUAUGGCUCGAACUUUAUUUAUUAGAGAAGCUUUUUUAUGAUAAUUAUCUUAUCUGAUUAUGCGAUUUAUGAAUGUCCUGUAUUCGUGAUUAUUUAUACAUUUUUAUAUUGCAGGCUGUGUUGCUAGUAUCGUCAUUUUAACUCGAUUCACUGAAAAUCUCAUUUUUUUAAAUAUAUUUUAUGUCAACGGCCUCAGUAUUAGCAUUUUACAAAAUUUAUUAAUCUGUUAUAAAUAAAUUAUAAUACCUUUUUA